AUGACGAAAAGUUAAUUUCAAGUGGAGUAGUUGAAUGAAUUAAAUAGCUUUGAUAGAAAUGAAACAAUAUCUCUUUCAAUUAAUUUAAAAUUAUAGAAUGAUGGAAUAAACUCACUAAUGAAAACAAUAUCUCUUUUUAAUAACAUCCAAAAUUUAUAUUUAAGUCUAAGUUCAAAUAAAAUAGAAGAGGAAGGAGCUUCUUAGAUAGCUAAAGCUCUAAAAAAGUUAAAAAAUUUAAAAGAUUUGACGUUGAUACUUUUUGGAAAUAAUUUGAAAAGCAAAGGAGGUUUAGAACUGGGAAAAGGGUUAUUAUAUUGUAAUAAUCUUACAGUAUUAACAAUUAAGUUAAGCAAUAGUUCUUUAAACUAUGAAGGAAUAUAAGGAAUAUGCUCGGGGAUAUCUAAAUGCUAUAAUCUGAAUUAACUAAGUCUUAAUUUAAUUGGAAAUUUGAUUCGUAAUGGUAUUGAGUUACUUGGAGUGACAUUUUCAUAGCUAUAAUAACUUUAACAUAUAUAAUUAGAAUGCGAUCGCAAUAGUAUAAAUGAAAAAAGCUGUAUUAUUUUCAGUGAUAAAAUUAAGAAAUGUGCCCAUCUACGGUCGUUACAUUUAAAUUUGCAAAUCAAUGAAAUAAUGCAAGGUGGUGUUGCUAUGUUAGAAAGUUUGAUAACUCUACCAAAUUUGAAUUUUUUAAGAUAUAAUUUUAGAGAAAAUAAAACUGAUUGCACUAAGAACAUUAAUUAGUUUAAAAAAAGAAUGAAAAGAGUUGUUAUCUUCUAGGUUUAAUAGUGA